AUGUGGUGCCUCGCGUCCGCGGCGGCGGCCGCGGGCGCGGGCGCGGGCGCGGGCGCGGGCGGCGAGGCCGUCGGCGCGUGCCGCGCGGGGACGGCGACGGGCGCGGCGUGCGGCGCGCGGCGCGUCGUCGCGUCCGCGACCGGGCGGCGUCUCCGUCGACUCCAUCGCGGUCACCCCCCCGCGCGGCGGUGCGUCGCGACCGCGGCGACGCGACGCACCGCGGACGGCGCGACGUACGACGUCCACGCCGUCGCGGGCGACGGGCGGUGCCUGUUUCGCUCCGUCGCCGCGGCGAUGGAGCUCGCGCGCGCGGGCGCGCGCGCGAGCGACGCGGAGGAGCUGUCCCUCGCGGACGCGCUUCGCGCGCGCGCGUGCGACGAGCUCGUCGCGCGACGCGAAGACGUCGAGUGGUUCAUCGAGGGCGACUUCGAGACGUACGUGGAGCGCAUGCGGAACCCGUGGGCGUGGGGCGGGGAGCCGGAGAUCCUGAUGCUCGCCAGAGCGCUGCGGACGCCGAUCGAGGUGUUCGUCGUCGUCGAGGGAGAAAACGCGAGCGCGCGCGAGGGGGGCGAGCUCCGGAGCAUCGGACGGUACGGCGAGGACGAGGAGGAGGAGGAGGACGGGGACGAGGAGGAGGAGGAGGAGGGGGGGGAGGAGGAGGGCGCGAGCGGAGGGGCGGAGGGCGGCGGCGGCGUCGCGGUGUUGUUUCACGGCGCGGGGCACUACGAAGCCCUCACGCGGUGCGACGACGACGACGCCGCGCGACGAUGA